AGGGGAACCAGUAGCAUCUCCAUUCUCAAGAGCGGGCAGAGGGGAUGGAAUCUCUCUCCGUCCCGAGUGUGCAGGCCAUGGUGGCGGCGACCGGCGGAGUCGAUGUGCCGCCGAGGUAUCUCCGGCCAGAGGCGGUAGUGGAAGCGGUCGCUGGUGCCGGCGACGACGACGGGGAGGCUCAGAUCCCCAUCAUCGACCACCGGAGGCUGCUGCUGGAGCUGGACCGCCGCGGCGAGGAGUCCUCACGCCUCCACAGAGCCUGCCAGGACUGGGGCUUCUUCCAGUUGAUUAACCACAAUGUCCCGGACGACGUGGUGGAGGGAAUGAAGGCCAGCCUCCAAGAAUUCUUCCAGCUGCCCGCAGAGACCAAGAGACGAUUCGCGCAGCAGCAAGGGCGGCUGGAAGGCUACGGUCAGCUGUUCGUCGUCUCGGAGGAUCAGAAGCUCGACUGGGCCGACAUGCUCUUCCUCUACGCACAGCCACCCGAGAUCAGGAAGACCAAGCUCUGGCCUGACCAGCCCGCUACCUUCAGAGCGGCGCUGGAUAGAUAUUCCUGCGCUGUGAAGGAGGUAGCGGAUUCCCUCUUGGCGACGAUGUCGGAGAACUUGGGACUGAAGCGAGAGGUGAUUGCGGACAGGUGCAUCGGAGGGCUGCAGUCUAUCAGAAUGAACCUCUAUCCGCCGUGCGCUCAGGCAGACAAAGUCGUCGGCCUCUCCCCGCACUCGGACGCCGAUCUCCUGACCCUCGUCCUCCAAGUGAACCAUGUCCAAGGCCUGCAGAUCAAGAGGAACGGCAGCUGGUUUGCAGUCAAGCCUGUCGAGGGCGCUUUCGUCGUCAACGUUGGUGAUAUCUUCGAGAUCCUGACGAACGGGAGGUACCGGAGCAUCGAGCACCGCGUGGUGGUCGACCCCAAGGAGGAGCGGCUGUCGGUGGCGGCGUUCCACUCUCCAAACACGCGCGCCACGAUCGGCCCUCUGAAGGAGCUUGUGGCGCGUGCCGACGGGGAGGACGUGGCCUAUGCGACGGUGGAGCAUGAGAGGCUGAGGGAGCUCUUCUUCGCGACGAAGCUGGAGGGGAAGAGCUUCUUGGAGCGGAUGAAGCUCCCAAGUACUACUAGCUGAACUGAAUGGCGCCUGUCGCAGCAGGCAGGGUUGAGCCGUGUCCGUCCAAACAAGACCGACCAUCUCCGUCCAUCGGCUUGUGGAAGAUAGUGCAAGAUACUAGCAGUGGUGGUGUCGUCUGCAGCAUCAUCUCUCAACCGGAUGCGGACUCAAACAGCGCAGGUGGCAUAGAAAGGAAGAAAGAAAGAUGGGAGGCAGAAAAUACUAUAGUGCAAAGGUCAGGUAACACUAUGGGAGCAGAGCAGAGGAGAGGAGAGGACACGCAUAAGUUCCAAGCCCAUUUUUUCUUUUCUUCCUCUUCUUCUCCGCCGCGGCGGCAACUCCCCCAUCACCGACAUGCUCCGGGACGGGGACGGCGACGGCGCCAAGGUUGGGCUUGGACGGGGAGUAGAUUGCUUUGUGUCUGCUGAGAAAGCAAGUUUUUAGCGGAAUGAAGACCCUUGGUUUGGCUUGAA